AUGGGCACCACGGUGGUGUGCGCCCUGUUGUUCGGGGCGAUUUUUAGUGUUUUGUCGGCUUCUCUGAGUAAAACCCUCCGGUAUCAAGCUCCCGACGAGUGUAAGUGGAUAGUGGCGGACAGCAACUCCGACGACGACGUUGCUCUAUUAUGUAGGCUACGGACUAUUAACAGUGAAUUGGAGAACACAAAUUUUAGUGUGAUCCAACCCCAACAUACGGUCCGGUUAAGGCUCGAGUGCAGUGACGCAUUGUUUUUUCAAAGUUCUUUAAGUGCUGGCAGCUUUAAACCACUUGUCGAACUCCGAGAGUUGUCUAUUGAGUAUUGCAAAAUCGGAAACUUAUCCGAUGGUGCUUUUCGCGGCCUCAAAGAGCUUCGCAACUUAACUAUUCGGACCCACAAUACCGAUUGGUCUGCAAUGACCCUUGAUGUGUCACCUAACGCCUUUACAGAGGAAUUACGAAACCUAGAAAGGUUAGAUUUGGGUGAAAACAACAUGUGGAGUCUACCCGAAGGAGUUUUAUGCCCUCUUUAUGCAUUAGAAGUUCUCAAUUUAACCAGAAACCGACUGCGAGAGGCCACAAGUUUUCGCUUUACUUCGAACCCUUCAGAAAAGUGUUGUGCCAAUUUAAAACUCCUAGAUUUAUCCAGGAAUAACAUCGAUAGGCUACCAUCAAGUGUUUUCUCUGGACUAUCACAUCUUCAGAAGUUAUAUUUACAAGGUAAUGGUCUUCAUAAUUUAGCAGAUCGCGUUUUAGAAGGGCUCACAUCAUUAAAUAUUUUAAAAUUAUCAGAUAACAAUCUAGUCAGUCUUCCGCCCGAAUUGUUCGCCGAUACUCGCGAAAUACGCGAAAUGUACCUUCAGAAUAAUUCUAUUAACGUUUUAGCUCCCGGUUUGUUUAGUGAAUUGUUGCAGUUGUUAGUGCUGGAUUUGUCACACAACGAACUAACUGCAGAUUGGAUAAAUACAGCAACAUUCGCAGGACUAGUGAGAUUAGUAGUUUUAGAUAUUUCCUUUAAUAGAAUAACGAAAUUAGAACAAUCUGUUUUUAGAGAUCUUUAUAGCUUACAAAUUUUAAGAAUCAACGAUAACUUUGUCGAGUAUUUACCUGAAAAUACAUUUUCUGCACUUUAUAAUCUGCACACUUUGAUCAUAUCGAAUAACAAAUUGGUAAAGAUUGAAAGUGAUACUUUCAACGGUUUAUUUGUACUUUCCUUAUUGUCUCUUGAUAACAAUAAGAUAUCUAUAAUACAUCCUGAAGCCUUAAAAAAUUGUUCGAGCUUGCAAGAUUUACAUUUGAAUGGCAAUAAAUUGACAGAUGUUCCCGAUGUCCUAAAAAAAGUUCCUUUACUCAAGACUCUAGAUUUAGGCGAAAAUCAUAUAAAUGUUAUUACUAAUGAAACUUUUAGCGAUUUGAAACAAAUGUACGGACUAAGGCUGACUGAAAAUAACAUAGGGAAUAUAUCGAGGGGGAUUUUCGAUAAAAUGACUGCACUAAAAAUUCUGAACUUAUCCCGGAAUAAAAUUCAAAGGGUUGCCGCUGGUUCCUUCGAUAGCAAUCUUAAUUUGCAAGCAAUAAGACUGGAUGGUAAUUAUUUGACUGACAUUGGCGAGUUAUUUGGGAAAUUACCUAGUUUAGUGUGGCUGAAUAUCUCAGACAAUCAGCUGAAAUGGUUUGAUUACGCACUGAUACCAACUGGAUUACAAUGGCUAGACAUCCAUUCGAACCAAAUCGAGGAACUGGGUAAUUAUUUUGAAAUUGAAUCGACGUUAUCGUUGAGUACUUUUGAUGCCAGCUCGAAUAAACUGACUGAAAUAACAGGCAGCGCUAUUCCUAAUAGUGUAGAAGUUUUAUUUUUGAACGACAAUAUGAUAUCCAAAGUUCAAUCUUAUACUUUCUUUAAAAAGCCCAAUUUAACAAGAGUGGAUUUGUUUGGAAACAAAAUAACAAGUCUUGAUCCUAACGCUUUAAGAAUAUCUGCAGUUCCUCCCGAAAAGGAUCUACCGGAGUUUUACAUCGGAGGAAAUCCUUACAAAUGCGAUUGUACUAUGGAGUGGCUCCAGAAGGUAAAUUUAGGCAAUCGAGCUCGAACUCAGCCAAAACUAGUAGAUUUAGAAAGCAUUUAUUGCCAAUUACUUUAUAAUAGAGGUGCAACUUAUAUUCCUUUAGUCGAAGCAGCUCCUUAUCAGUUCCUAUGUACUUAUGAAACUCAUUGCUUUGCUUUAUGCCACUGUUGCGACUUUGAUGCCUGUGAUUGUGAGAUGACUUGUCCAACAAACUGUACUUGUUAUCAUGACCAGUCUUGGUCAGCUAAUAUAGUAGAUUGUUCGUCUAGUGGAUAUGUAACAAAACUUCCUGAUCAAAUUCCUAUGGAUGCUACUCAGAUAUAUCUCGAUGGGAACGAUUUGAGGGCGCUCAACAGUCAUGCUUUUAUAGGCAGAAAACGGUUGAAAGUAUUAUUUUUGAACAAUUCGAAUAUUGAAACAGUGCAAAAUAGAACUUUUAACGGCUUGAAGGAACUGGAAAUACUUCACUUGAACGGAAAUAGAUUAAACGAGCUGCAUGGAUACGAGUUUGAAGGUUUGGAAAGUUUGAUGGAAAUUCAUCUUCAAUCUAAUAGGAUAAUAUCGAUCAAUAAUCACACGUUUGCAAGUAUGAAGAAACUGAAGGUAUUAAAAUUGGAUCACAAUAGACUAGUGGUGUAUAACAUGUGGAAUUUACCUUCAACCCUUAUCGAAGUGACGUUGGCGCACAAUCCGUGGUCUUGCGAUUGCGACUUCACCGAGCGCCUCCGGGAAUGGAUGAGACGUGGCGACUCUGUACAAGAUAUUUCAUCGGUAAAGUGUGUUUUCAAUGCAACCGAUAUAGACUUUUAUAACUUAGACGCGUACUUGGACAGUGCCGAUACCGGUUUCUUCGUGAAUCAAGAAAACGGUUCUUGUUCGGGCGUCGCCAACAUAGAUAACAGCAUCAACGGAAACUUAACAGCAACAAAAACCAUCAUACAUCGACAAGUCAUUCAAGAUUACUUGCCACUGUUAGUAAUUACUUUAACGGUUUUCGCUGUCAUCGUCUUGUUGAUUUUAGUUAUCUUCAUUUAUAGACAAGAGGUGCGAGUGUGGUUACAUUCUAAGUUCGGGGUACGGUUGUUCCAACGAGCCGGAGAUUUAGAUAGGGACGAUCGCGAAAAGCUCUUCGACGCUUUCGUCAGUUACAGUUCGAAAGAUGAGGCGUGGAUAGCAGAAGUCCUGGCGCCGGCCCUAGAACCGAACUACAAACUCUGUUUACAUUACAGGGACUUCCCCGUGGGUGCAUUUCUCGCCGAUACCAUUGUACAGGCCGUAGAAUCCUCGAAAAGAACAAUAAUGAUUUUGUCCGAAAACUUUAUUAAAUCCGAGUGGUGCCGAUUCGAGUUCAAAUCCGCCCAUCACCAAGUCCUUCGCGACCGCCGAAGACGUUUGAUCGUGAUCCUUCUCGGUGAAGUGCCUCACAAAGACUUGGAUCCCGAUAUUAGACUCUACUUAAAGACUAAUGUGUAUAUUCAGUGGGGAGAUAAGUUUUUCUGGGAGAAGCUGCGAUACGCAUUGCCCGAUGUGCCCAACAUUGGCAGACAUCACAAUUCUGUGAGGAGUCCUCACGUCCAUCACCACGUCCAUCGACAUAGCGCUAGAGGACAGGCGCCUAACCCUCCAGGAAAUGGUAAUACUACCAGGACGGUGGCCAUCCACAUAUGA